AUGAAGCCUAAGGCGUAUCAAUUUUUGACCGGAGUGUUUGCCUCCUUCGGGUCGCUGCUCUUUGGCUAUGACCUGGGUGUUAUUGCUCAAGUCAUUGCUUCUAAGUCUUAUCAGGACCUUUUCAAUACCACCUCCACCGACUCUGCUACCGGUGCCGUAGUCGCCUUGUUCACCGCCGGCGCCUUCUUCGGCGCCAUGUUCGCUGGUCCCACAACCGAGUACACGGGUAGACGAUGGACAAUCACCAUUGGCAGCGUCAUCUUUAUUAUUGGAGGAGCCCUGCAGACUGCUGCCCCCAAGAUCUCGUACUUGAUGGCGGGCCGAUUCUUGGCUGGUCUCGGUGUGGGAUAUCUGACCAUGAUUAUUCCCUUGUACCAGGCCGAGAUCGCGCAUCCUUCAAUUCGAGGUCGGGUUACUGCUCUCCAGCAGUUCAUGUUGGGCAUCGGUGCUCUCAUUGCAUCGUGGACGGGCUGGGGAACCUACAGGAAUUACACCGACAAUCGACAGUGGCGCAUUCCUCUGGGCAUCCAGAUCAUCCCCGCCGUCCUCCUCGGAGCUCUCAUCUUUGUCUUCCCUGAGUCUCCCCGCUGGCUCAUGGACAAGGGCAAGCAGGAGAAAGCCUUGAAGACUCUCGCUCGUCUGCACUCCAACGGUAACGAAGAUGACCCUUGGGUCCGCGCAGAGAUGGAGCAGAUCCAGGAAAGCAUCGCUGACGAGCAUGCGAAUGAGGCCAAGUCUUACCUCGAGCUCUUCACCAACAUGUCUUGUUUCCGCCGUCUCCUGAUUGCUUGUGGACUUCAGGCGUCCAUUCAGAUGACCGGCGUGUCUGCUAUCCAGUACUACUCGGUAGAUAUCUACGGCCAGGCAGGAAUUGGCCCCGAGGAUGCUCUCAAGUAUCAGGCUAUCAACUCCAUUAUCGCUCUCAUCGCUCAGGCCCUCUGCAUUGCCUUCAUCGAUCAUUUCGGCCGUCGUUGGACUCUCAUCUGGGGCAACCUCUUCAACAUGGUCACCUUCAUCAUUGCCACUAUCAUGCUGGCCGUCUAUCCCCCCGGCUCUGGUAGUGCUGCUCAGGGCUGGGGCUUCAUCGUCGUUACUUGGGCGUACAACUUCUCCUUCUCGGCUACCUGCGGACCUCUUUCAUGGAUUAUUCCCGCCGAGAUCUUCGACACUCGCACCCGAGCCAAGGGCGUCUCCCUCGCAACGAUGACUUCGUUCGCUUUCAACACCAUGAUUGGCCAGGUUACCGGUAUCGCCAUGGGCGCUGUAGGAUGGAAGUACUACCUCGUGUUUGUCAUUUGCAACUUCACCAAUGCCAUCUGUGUCUGGGCCUUCGUUCCCGAGACCAAGCAGUUGCCGCUAGAGGAGAUGAACUACCUGUUCGCCAACGCGCCUUGGUUCAUUCCCUUCGUGGACAAAAGCGAGUACACUGCCAACUAUCAGGCCGACUUGGCUCGCAGGGCCGAAAGGUUCGAUGAAAAGCUGGCUGCUGAGCAUGAGACAGGAGAGCAUAGGGAUUAG